AGAAAGCGCUCAGCCUCCACGACUUCGUGCCCGCCAGUCCAACAUGUGCAGUGAAGGAGCGUCGGUGAGCUGCAGUUUUCCGUCAGUGUCACACACACCGGCUGCAAGCGACAAAACGCACCGCAUGUGAUGGCUAUAGGUCAUUUUUUUGGAACGCGCUGAUCAUUUCCACGCGGAAGAUACUUUAUGCGCUUUUCAAGUUUCUCCCAGUUAAGCGCUCGGAUUUUUUUAUUUGGUUAUUUAUUAGGUUACGUUUUUUAAUGGUUAAACCGGUUAGAGAUACUCACCUGAGUAAUACUCAUGAAUGAGUUAACGAGAUAUUUAUUACAUUUUUAAAACUGAUCCAAGAAGAAGAAUCAUGGAUACUAGUGUUAUUUUUUCCUUUUUCCUAAUAUUUAUUAUAGAGGCUCAUGCAUUGCGUUAUGGCAUCACCAACAAUCUCCAACCUUAUAUGCCCAAUGUGUGUGUGGAGAGGGAGGUGACGCUGGUCGCCCAGAGGCAGCCGUGUGUGCAGGCCUUCACACGCAUGGUUAAAGUGUGGAAGCAAGGCUGUGUAGGACAGUCAUGGUGCAUGGGAUACGAGAGGAGGACAGCGUACUACACUGCAUACAGACAAGUCUACAGACAGGAUUAUCAGACUGUGUACAAGUGUUGCCCUGGAUGGUCUCAACUUAAUGGAGAAGCAGGCUGUCUGUAUCCUGUGUGUAGCUACGGUGUGUGCUUCAAUGGGGGCCAGUGUCGGGUCGGGUCUACUCAGCUUUGUGACUGUCCUGCAGGGUUCAACGGACCCAGCUGCCAGUAUGACGUUAAUGAAUGUGAGGAGACCAAUGGAGCCUGUGAGGCUCUCUGCUGUAACACCAUUGGAAGUUACUACUGCAGGUGCCCUCCUGGACAAAAACUCAAUGAAGAUGGGAAAACCUGUCAAGAUAUCGAUGAGUGCCAGGUCCAUAAUGGAGGCUGCCAGCACAGAUGUGUGAACACCAGGGGCUCCUACCACUGUGAAUGCAACCCAGGCUCUCGCUUGCACGUGGACGCCCGCACCUGCCUGGCUGUUCAUUCGUGUGCCAUCAGCAACGGAGGAUGUGAACACUACUGUAUGCAGCAGUCUGCCGUUCAUUUCCGCUGUCGCUGCAAGGCAAACUACAUACUGGCAGAGGAUGGCAAGCAUUGUAAAUUGCAGAAUCCCUGUGCAGAUCAAAACGGAGGCUGUAUGCAUGGGUGUCGGGUUGAUGGUGGGAAAGCUCUCUGUGGCUGUAAAGCUGGUUACAUCCUGGCUGAAGACGGGAAAACCUGUGAAGAUAUCGACGAAUGUGAAAUAGAACAGGCCGCCUGUGCUCACGGCUGCCACAACACACUGGGCUCUUACGCCUGUGUGUGUCACGCUGCCUAUGAGCUGGGAUCUGAUGGAAAACAGUGUUACAGAAUCGAGAUGGAGAUCGUGAACAGCUGCGAGAACGACAACGGAGGCUGCUCGCACCGCUGCCAACAUUCAACCAGCGGGCCUGUUUGCUCCUGUAACCAAGGUUACAGGCUAGACGACGACCUCAAAACCUGUGCUGACGUCGAUGAGUGUGGAGAGCAGAGCUCCUGCUGUGAGCAGGACUGCACCAACUAUCCCGGGGGUUAUGAAUGUUACUGCUCAGCAGGAUACAGACUCAACUCAGACGGAUGUAGCUGUGAUGAUGUAGACGAGUGUCUGGCAUCUAAUGGCGGUUGUGAUCACACGUGCCAGAACAGCGCGGGUUCCUUUCAGUGUUUCUGCCGCCGGGGUUUCCGCCUCGACGAGGACCGGCAGUCCUGCAUCCCACUAGAAGAUACAGUUGAGGCCCUGUCCAGCGGAGCUGCCAUCGAGUUGCCCCUCAUUCAACCCCUGCUCACCUUGAUGCAGGACUACAACCAACCCCUAGAGCGCUAUGACGACUACGAAGACGACGAGGGGGAGCUGAGGGCCGAGAGUAACCUGGCAGAGAAAUUCGUGUGUUUGGAUGACACUUUCGGCAAUGACUGCAGUUUGACAUGUGACGACUGUUCUAAUGGAGGAAAAUGCAAUCCAUGGAAAAAUGGCUGCGACUGUCCUGACGGAUGGAUAGGCGUCGUCUGCAACCAGACUUGUCCCGAGGGACAUUUUGGUAAAAACUGCUCCUUCCCCUGUAAGUGUAAAAAUGGUGCCACCUGUGAUCCGGCCACUGGGAGCUGCCGCUGUCCUCCUGGGGUCAGUGGAGACGUGUGUCAGGAUGGCUGUCCUAAGGGCUUCUAUGGGAAGCAGUGCAAUAAGAAGUGUAAUUGUGCCAAUAACGGGCGCUGCCACCGAACCUACGGAGCCUGUCUGUGUGAUCCUGGACUCUACGGACGCUUCUGCCACCUCCCUUGUCCGAAGUGGACCUUUGGUCCCGGCUGCUCUGAGGAGUGUCAGUGUGUCCAGCAGAACACUCUGGAGUGUCACCGCCGCCACGGCCCCUGUGUCUGUAAAUCGGGUUACCAGGGCAACACCUGCAAGGAAGAAUGCAACCCAGGUACUUACGGAGCCGGUUGUCAGAAAAAGUGCUCCUGUCCACCGGGAGUGUCAUGUGAUCAUGUGACUGGAGUGUGCCAACGAAAAUGCCCUCCCGGUCUUCAUGGAGAGAACUGUGAUCAGGACUGUCCAGCGGGAAUGUUUGGAGCAGGCUGCGUCCAUCCUUGUAACUGCACAGGCGCCCCGUGUGAUAAAGUGUCGGGACGAUGCAAGUGUCCGGCGGGGACGUCGGGAAAGCACUGUGAGAACUUGUGUCCCGAGGGUUUUUGGGGAUCAGGCUGCACAGAAACCUGCCCUGUUUGUGAGAAUGGCGGCGUGUGUGACAAACACAACGGGUCAUGUAACUGUCCUCCAGGGUUAAUGGGCAGAUUCUGCCAGAACUCGUGCCCGAGUGGACAUUUUGGUCAAGCUUGCCAAAUGAAGUGUGUGUGUGAGAACAACGCUCGCUGUGAUCCGGUGAGCGGGCGGUGUACAUGCGCUCCUGGCUGGACUGGACACAACUGCAGGAAAGGCUGUGAUGGAGGCCACUGGGGGGAAGACUGCGCAGAAACAUGCGACUGUAGAAACGGAGACGGCAGCUGUGACGCCGUGACGGGCCAGUGCAACUGUGAGGCUGGUUACACUGGAACACGCUGCCACCAGAAGUGCCCAUCAGGUAUGUUUGGUCUUAGUUGUCGCCAUCGGUGUCAGUGUGACAACAAGGCCUUGUGCGACCAUGAGAGCGGAGCUUGUACCUGCCAGGUGGGAUGGACUGGAACCUUCUGUGAAAAGCCGUGUCCUCAGGGUUUCUAUGGACUAGACUGCCAGGAGAAAUGUUUGUGUCUAAACGGCGGGAGCUGUGACCACGUCAGCGGAGUUUGUUCCUGUCCUGCUGGCUGGAUCGGUCCAUUCUGCAACCUGACGUGCCCAACCGGUUUCUAUGGAGGAGGAUGUAACCAAACCUGUAGCUGCCGUAACGAUGGCAUCUGCCACCCGGCUGGUGGGCAGUGUGUGUGCAUACCUGGCUGGACCGGACCCAACUGCACAGAAGAAUGCCCUCCAGGGUUUUAUGGAGCAGACUGUCAACAGCGCUGCCUGUGUCAGAAUGGGGCCACCUGCAACAAGAGCAACGGAAAAUGUUCAUGUGCCAGUGGCUGGAUGGGCACAGCCUGUGAACUCGAGUGUGCGGUGGGCCGGUUCGGGACGGACUGCCAGCAGCAGUGUGAAUGUGAGAACGGCGGCCAGUGUGACGGACUGACUGGACGGUGCAGCUGCAGCAGCGGCUGGAUCGGAGAGCGCUGUGAGAAAGCAUGUGAACCAGGCCUGUUUGGUGCCGGCUGCGAGGAGAGAUGUCAUUGUGUGCACGGGGAUUCAUGUCACCACGUCACUGGAGCGUGUCAGUGUCCACCAGGCUGGAGAGGAACACUCUGUGAUAAAGCUUGUUUGCCGGGUGUGUAUGGAAAGGGUUGCAUGCAGCACUGUGGCUGUGCACAGGGCACAUCCUGCCACCAUGUCUCUGGAGACUGCGGCUGUCCUCCUGGAUUGACGGGAAAUGGCUGUGAGCAGACUUGUCUACCAGGAACAUUUGGACAGAACUGCAAUCAGGUCUGCCAUUGCUCAGAGACGAACCAGCUCUGCCACCCGGUGUCUGGAUCAUGUUACUGCGCUCCAGGUUUUCAUGGCCCCAGAUGUGACCAAAUUUGUGGAAAGGGUCGUUAUGGUCCAAACUGUGAAAGCGAGUGCCAGUGUGAAAAUGGAGGGAGGUGCAUUCCUUCUACUGGAGCCUGUGAUUGUCCAGCAGGUUUUAUAGGAGCACGCUGCAACAUCACGUGUCCAGCUGGGCGUUACGGAGUCGACUGUGCUCGGGUGGCGCUGUGCGGAGACGGAGCCCAGAAUGACCCGGCCACCGGUCGUUGUAUGUGCAUCCCUGGUCGAAGAGGAAAGGACUGUGGACACGGUUGCCUUCCAGGCUGGUUUGCGGCGAACUGUGCUGAACGCUGUAACUGCAGUAAUGGUGGAGUGUGUGACUCUGUGACUGGAAACUGUACGUGCAGUCUGGGUUGGACUGGUUCACACUGCGAUAAAGAAUGCCCUGCGGGCAGAUUUGGUGCCAACUGUCAGCUGAAAUGUAACUGUCAAAACAACAGCACUUGUGACAGAGUGACAGGGACGUGUCGGUGUGGUCCAGGCUACUAUGGACAUCUGUGUGAACAUGCCUGUCCUCCUGGUCUUCACGGCCCGCUGUGCCAGCUGCAGUGCGACUGUAUGAACGGAGCCUCCUGUCACCCAGCGUCGGGCCACUGCAUUUGUCCUCCAGGAUACCACGGAGCUCGCUGUCACAGAGGGUGUGAACAGGGUACCUUCGGUCAUGGCUGUGCCAAGGUGUGUGACUGUGAGGAAGAAUCUCCAUGUGAUCCUGUGAGAGGAAGAUGCCUCUGCUCCUCGGGGAAGACUGGACUCAAAUGUGACAUUGACUGCAGAGCGAAUCGUUACGGGCCAGACUGCGCAGAGACCUGCGAGUGCGGCAACGGGUCGCAGUGCGACAGACGCAACGGCCGCUGCAGCUGCCUGCACAGCUGGAUCGGACUCUCCUGUCAAGAAGGUGGACCUCCACGCAUCCCCUACAGCAGAAGAGGAGACUCGCAGCAUGAGAACUCGUUAUAGCACCGCCAUCUAGCUGGAAGACUCCAACUGGGACAGAUCAGCCACAUUUUACUGAAGUGGCUCAACAGAGGGAAAGAUUGCGACAGGAAGAAGUAGCAGGCAGCUGGAAGACCUACAUGGAAAUAGACUUUCUGAUGAGAACUGCCGUUUCAUGUUUGGACCAGAGCUGGAUGAUUUUUUUUUUUUGCGUGCCAAAGUGUCCGAACUGUCAGCCUGACCUGCCACAGCGGUACUUUGUGAGUUUCUUGCGGUCAUGGUGGAUCAGCGAACCUUUUAGUCUUCAGGAUUAAAAUCGCUCAACUACUGCAUCCGCAGAGUGCAGUGUCAGGAGAUUGUGGUUGCGUUUACUGCACUUUCGGUAUUUUGCGUUGAAUAUUUUGUCCUUGAAAUACCUUUUGCAGGUACUGUGCAUAAAAUAAUCUAAUUUUGUAAAGGAAAAUUGCUGGAGAUGAUGCAACCUCAGUUUCUGAAAGCGUAUUUGCCAGUAGUAUGAAUUUUGUUUUUUAAAAUCUAUUUGUUAUGAAGUCCUACCCUCAGUCAAAUGGUGCGUUACUGUACAGUGCAACAAAGACUUUAAUGAUGUUCACACAUUCCUGUUGAUUUAAUAUCUUAAUUGACAGCUGGAAUUUUACAGUUCAUUGUGUCACUAAACUACACAUUUGCACCUUCUUUAAGGUUAAGCGUCUAAAUAUUUUUCUUUGAAUUGAUUGUGUGUAUAAAUUGCUUCAUAUUUAUAUUUCCCACAGUUGUAUACAGUUGAAUAUACCACAGGUUUGAAAUGCGUUCUUUAUUUUCUGCUGGAUAAAAGGGACGUUUCAGCUCUCAAAUAAACCCAGAAUGAUAUUUCACACAUGAAGCCAACAAAGACAGACGCAUGAAAGGUUAGUUUCCCAUUAUUUUAUCAUUGAAGAUCGAAGCUGUACAUCCUGUCUAAAUUCAGAUUCAAGCACAGUGCAGAUAGCAACGCCUGCAAAAGAAAACUAAAAAAAGAAAAGGCAGAGGUGAACACAACCAAAAAUAUAUACAAAGGUCAAACUAUGUACAGGAGAUACCAGACUAUCGACGUCAUCUUCAGAAUGAAUUCAGUCCACCAUUGCAUUCACCUCACAGCAUUCCUCAUCAAUGCAUACACAACACAAAGAAAUGACUUGUUUUUGUCCGUCUUAAAAUCGAUACGACACUGAAAGGAAAAAUGCAGCAUGAUGAAAAAAAUAAAAACUGUUCUUUUGAUUCUGUUGACUGCAUUAAAAGGCUAAAACGUAAAAAUAUAUUCUCUGUAUAACCUAGAGUAAAAUAAGCUCUAUCCA